UGUGUUGCACUUAAGUGACUCCUCGAGUGACAAUCACUCCUCACCGCCUUUCGCAUCGAGACACUACUGGAGGUCAAGAUGGAGAAGCUACAGGAGCUGAGCCUCGUGUCCAAGGUAUGUCAGGCGCUGGAAAACCACCUUGGUAUGAGUGACAAGACGUUGGCCGAAUUUGUUAUCGACCUAGUGCGCAGCAGCUCCAGCUGCGCCGCUUUCUUGGCGUCCAUCAAGAAGGACGAGCUGCCGCUCCCCCCUGCGCUGGCCGAGAACCUCUACCGUAUCGUACAGACCAUGGCGCCGCUCAAAAUGAAGCAGGCAAAAAGUGCAGCUGCUGACUCCAAGAGCAAGAGCAAGCGGCACCAGAUCCGAGACGACGAGCAGCUCACAGCCGCGGAUAUCGCCGGAGCGGCCAUCAAGGAUGACGAGGACGACGACAAGAAACCAACCAAACCGUCAACCGAGCGUCGUAACAGAGAGAGUGAUGGUCACUCUCGAAACAGAGAUCGAUCCAGAGAGCGCGACCGCUACGGACGUGACAGAAGUCGUGGACGUGAUGAAGAUCGCGGCAGGAGAAGUAGACGGUCGAGAUCCCGAUCCCGGCCGGAAGGCAGGAAACGGGAUCGACGCGACGGGGAGAGAGAUCGCAGUCGUGGACGAGACCGCGAUCGAGACGAUCGCUACGGUUCUCGGUCACGUCGUGAUGAUCGGGAUCGGGACUAUGACCGACGAAGACGAGAUGACCAACCCAGAGAGCUGGAGCUAUACGGCAUCUACGACGGCCGUGUUACUAAAGUAAUGGACUUUGGCGUGUUUGUAGAGCUGGAGGGAUUUUCAAGAGAGAAGAAGGAAGGCCUCGUACACGUCUCCAACUUGUCGGCGAAUCGUGUGAGCAACGUCAAGGAGUUUGCCAAACGCGGCGAUCGUGUAAAGGUGAAGCUCAUCUCAAUAUCGGGAGCCAAGCUAUCGAUGUCCAUGCGUGAUGUCGAUCAGAAAACUGGAAAAGAUCUGAUGCCUCAGCGCUCAAGUGAUGGUGCGGAGCGUGCACGACAGGAGAACAAAUCGUCGGACUCACGCUCGUGGAUCAACCCAUCUGCACCGGGUAUGCAGAGCUCACAACAACUGGAUGAAGAUGACAGCAAGCCACAGCGUGCUGCCAAACGGAUGUCGUCACCUGAACGAUGGGAAGUGCAGCAGCUUAUUAACUCUGGUGUGCUUUCGAUAGAAGACUAUCCGACGUUCGACGAAGAGCAUGGUCUGCUUAACACUGAAGCUACCGAAGAGGACUUCGAGGUGGAGCUUAAUGAGGACGAACCAGUCUUCCUGCGUGGUCAAACGCAUAUGAGUCGUGAGAUGUCGCCCGUGAAGAUUGUGAAGAACCCGGAUGGAUCAAUGCAGCGCGCCGCCAUGACACAAUCCAACUUAGCGAAGGAACGUCGUGAAUUGCGCCAGACACAAGCGAACCAGUUGAUCGAUUCCAUCCCGAAGGAUCUAAAUCGUCCCUGGGAAGAUCCAAUGCCUGAGGCAGGCGAGCGACACUUUGCUCAGGAACUGCGUGGUAUUAACAUGGGAUCGACGUUCGAGCUGCCUGAAUGGAAGCAGAAGUCAGUGGGAAAGAACUUGUCGUAUGGUAUUGUGUCGAACAAGUCCAUUCUUGAGCAGCGUGAGAGCCUUCCUGUUUUCAAGCUGAAGCGGCAACUGAUGAAGGCUAUCGCUGACAAUCAAGUCCUGGUGGUUAUUGGAGAGACUGGAUCGGGUAAAACCACGCAGAUGACGCAGUACAUGGCCGAAAUGGGGUUAACAUCUACCGGUAUUAUCGGUUGUACUCAGCCGCGCCGUGUUGCUGCUUCAUCCGUGGCGAAGCGUGUGGCUGAGGAGUUUGGCUGUGAGCUUGGACAAGAAGUUGGCUACUCCAUGCGAUUCGAAGACGUCACCAGUCCGGAGACUGUGAUCAAGUACAUGACCGAAGGUAUGCUGUUGCGCGAGUACCUGGCUGACCCAACGUUGUCGAAGUACAGUGCUCUGAUGCUUGAUGAAGCCCACGAGCGGACAAUCAACACGGACGUUCUGUUUGGACUGUUGAAGGACCUUGUGCGUAAGCGGAAAGACCUCAAGAUUAUCGUGACAUCUGCAACUCUGGAUGCUGAGAAAUUCUCUCGGUAUUUCUUCGACUGCCCGAUUUUCACAAUCCCGGGCCGUACAUUCCCCGUGGAGAUCCUGUAUACAAAGGAACCGGAGCUGGACUACUUGGACGCUUCGUUGCUUUGUGUGAUGCAGAUUCAUUUAUCCGAGCCCGAAGGAGAUAUUUUACUCUUCUUAACCGGUCAAGAAGAGAUCGAUACGGCAUGUGAAGUUCUGUAUCAGCGUAUCAAGGCGUUACAAGAGCGUGCACUGGCCCCCGAACUCAUCAUUCUUCCAGUAUAUGGUGCGCUCCCUUCAGAAAUGCAGUCGCGCAUUUUCGAACCAGCACCCAAGGGCUCUCGGAAGUGUGUGGUGGCUACCAAUAUUGCAGAGGCGUCGCUGACUAUUGACGGCAUUUACUACGUCGUCGACCCUGGUUUCUGCAAGCAGAAUGCUUUCAACUCGAAGAUUGGAAUGGAUUCCCUUGUGGUCGUGCCGUGCUCACAAGCCUCAGCUCGUCAACGUGCUGGGCGCGCUGGACGUACGGGUCCCGGUAAAUGCUACCGAUUGUACACCGAGAACGCUUACAAGAACGAGAUGCUGCCGACGACCGUGCCAGAGAUCCAACGUGCGAAUCUUGGCUCGGUUGUGCUUCAACUGAAGGCAAUGGGUAUCAACGAUCUCAUGGGUUUCGAUUUCAUGGACCCACCACCACAAGAUGCUCUUGUCAUGGCACUUGAGAACUUGUAUGCACUGGGCGCAUUGGACGAUGAAGGUCUAUUAACACGAUUGGGCAAGAAGAUGGCCGAGUUCCCAGUCGAGCCGAAGAACGCCAAGGUGCUACUGACUUCCGUUGUCCUUGGUUGCGCAGAGGAGGUGUUGACUAUCGUGGCGAUGCUGUCGGUGGAGUCGGUCUUCUUCCGACCAAAGGAGAAGCAGGCUCAGGCUGACCAGAAGAAGGCUAAAUUCCACCAGCCUGAAGGUGACCACUUAACUCUACUGGCAGUGUAUGAAGCCUGGGCGAACUCCAAGUUCUCCAACCCGUGGUGCUAUGAAAACUUCAUCCAGGCACGAGCUAUCCGUCGUGCUCAAGACGUCCGGAAGCAGUUGCUAUCCAUUCUCGAUCGAUACAAAAUGGACGUCGUUUCUUGUGGCAAGAACUACAACAAAGUUCGACGCGCAAUUGUUGCCGGAUACUUCGCCAACACAGCGAAGAAAGACCCACAGGAGGGAUACCGUACCAUGGUGGAAGGUCAGCCCGUGUAUAUCCAUCCAUCGAGUGCGCUGUUCAACAAGAGUCCAGAGUGGGUGCUCUACCACGAGCUGGUUCUCACGACAAAGGAGUACAUGCGCAAUAUCAUGACCAUUGAGCCCAAAUGGCUUGUGGAACUGGCCCCAGCCUUCUUCAAGAAGGGCGACCCCACCAAGCUGUCGAAACGCAAACGCAAUGAGAAGAUUGAGCCGCUCUAUGAUCGCUUCAACCCGCCCGAUUCCUGGCGUCUUAGCAAGCGUAGGGCAUAAAACCUGGCAUCAAAAGUUCCUGCUCGAUCAUAGACAAAGAGAAACAAUUGCAAAACGUACUGAGCCCUCUGUUCCCUCAUUACCUCUGACUCUUU